CUUCUUAACGAUGACUGUGCUUUGAUUUCUUGUGUGGUGUUGAUCUUAGCAGUUUCAUUUCCUCUGCACAUAUCUUUUCAAUUAGCCUGCUACACUCUCUCAUUAGAGUUCACUUUGUUUGUACAUGAUUUAUAUACACUACUUUGGAACCACUAAGGUUGAAUACACUGCAUUCCUGGACCCUGAUCAACCUCUGAUUUGCUGGAAGUAAUGUUAAUAAUAAAUAACGUCAAACAUCUAACAUUCUUGCCAAUCACUAAUUUAAAUAAGACAAAUUUUAGGUUUCCGCCCACAGUUUAACAACACAUAUCUUAAUAAAAGGCAUUGUUCAGGCAUAUUACGCAAAAGAAUUGCACUGUAAUUCACAGGUGACCAGUCAGGAAUGUACAGUAUAAGUAGCACCACUCACUCAACGUCAGUGGUGAAAAUUUAAACACAACACUAAUGAGGAUAAGCGGUAUAGGAAAUGAAUGAAGAAAUAAAUAAGGGCUGCACACUUUGUUCCAUUAUAGUUCAAAUUAGUGCUGUAGCGAUUAAUCGAUUGCUGUAAUUUUCGGACUAUAAGUCGCAGUUUUUUUCAUAGUUUGGCUGGGGGUGCGACUUAUACUCUGGAGCGACUUAUGUGUGAAAUUAUUAACGCAUUAUUAUAUCAUUUCACAUGCUAUUUUGAUGUUUUGGAGUGACACUGAUGGUUUGUUAAACUUGUUAUGUUCUUUAUGCUAUAGUUAUCUGAAUAACUUUUAAUAGCUGUGUUACGUUAACAUACCGGCCACUUUCGCAUUUCGUUGUUCAUGCAUCAUGUAAUAUUAUCAUCCUGUACACGUAUCCAGGUUGUUGUUCUCUAUUGUAUUUUUAUUUUAAAUUGCCUUUCAAGAUGACGUAUCUGUUCGAUUUGUUGGAUUUAUCAACUAAAUUUCCCCCCAAAAUGCGACUUAUAUUCCAGUGCGACUUUGAUGCUUUUUUUUUUCUUCUUUGUGCAUUUUUGGGCUUGUGUGACUUAUACUCAGAUGCGACUUGUAGUCCGAAAAAUUCAGUAACUCGGGUAAUUCACUUAGGAAAAAAGCAUCCAAUCAAAAUUUGCUGCUUCGAGGAUUCGUUUAAUUAGAGUGACGUUGUUUUUAAAGUGUUUGCAUUAGUUAUAUUGAUUUGAGUGGAUACACUGCCCUCUAGUGGCACAGUGAAUAUGAAAUAACUCAUCCAACAUGGCUAGAUCUAGCUGCUCCCUGUUAAGACCAACAUAGGGUUGUAGAUUUUUGUUUACGCUAAUAUGAUUAUGCAUUUGUAAUCUAGUUCAGACGGAGGUAUAUUUAGCAUUUUUUUUUUGUGGGAAUAUGUGUUUGGAAUAGUGUUGUUUUUGGCAGCCCUUUUAAUUUUUGUCAUAGACUAAAUCUUUUGGACAAAAAUACUUAUUGUUCUUAGUCAUAUUUUAGUCAUUUUAAAAUGUGUUUGUCUUCGUCUUGUUUUUGUUUAUGACACCUCGGACUAGUUUUGUCUAGUUUUGGUCGCUGUUUACUCAAAAUGUUUUCAUCUUUAAAAUUCAAAAGUUUUUGUCCAAAAAUAAAUAUUGGUUUCCAACUAUUUCGAAUGAACAUUGACAGGCGAGCACAUCUUAUAGCGUCCACAAAGACAACGCGAACUUCCUGUUGAUAAUACAUUCUAAGCAACAAAACAGUACAUUAUUUUCACGAGCAUAAUGCUAAUGCAAAUGCAAUGCUAAUACUACAAGUUACAUUUAAUGAGUGAUGAUCACUCAGCAUAGACCUUUAAAGGCUAAAGCAACAUUGUAUAUUGUCUCGGCAAGAUAGGAAAACAAAACUGAAUAUUUUUUGCAAACAAGCAAGCCUGGAGAAAAGAGGACACUGGUGAGUUGCGGGUGGGGGUGCAGUACGUCACAUGUCACACAGCCAGACAAUGCCACGAUGCAGGCUAACUACACAUAAAAUUUCACGCAUUGUGAACAUGUGACGGAAACUAUGGCGGAUUUUUGUCUCGUCCUCGUCUCGUCAGACGAAAACUUACAUCCGUUUCGUCAUGUUUUAGUCUCCCAAGACAUGUUUUUAGCUUGUUAGCAUCUCGUCAUAGUCAUAAAAAAAAAGUGUUCGUCAUAGUCAUAGUUGACGAAAACAGCACUGGUUCGAACUAUUUCUUAAGAGCAUUGUAAGAAAAAAAAAUAGCAUUUUGUAGCACUUUUGGUAUGCAAGUUAGUCAAUUGUUCUUUUGUUGUACUUCGAUCCUCGUUUAUUUUUUUUUUUUAGAUCAGGUAUUUUAAUUUGAAAUUAUUUUUGUUUGAAAAAACACUCAGGAGUUUUAUUUGUAUUCGCAUUUAAUGCUCUUUUGAAAGUGCAAGCACAGCAAACCUUUGUUUUACAUCUCCUGUAAGUACGGCUGCAUGUAUUGAUUAUUUUAGUAGUCGAUUAAUCGAUGAACUAGUUAGUUUGAAUAAUCGAGUAAUCGGAUAAGGAACAUAAAAAAUUACAAUACCUGAGCUGCGCCUCAACCGGCAUAAAAAAAUAAUCUAAUAGGAUCUAAGUACAACAAAAGAACAAUUGACUAAAUUGCAUAGCAAAACGCUGCUAGCUUUAAUGCUAUAAAAUGCUAUAUAUACUUGUAUAUAUAUUUUUUACAAUGCUCUUGACAAAUGGUUAAAAUGCAUAUUCCCACAAAAACGCCUAAAUAUAGCUAUAAACUAAAUUAUGAAUGCAUUAAAAAAAACUUUUUGGCCUUAUUUAAGGGUUAGUUCCUGUUUGAACAAAUUGACUAAUUUUCACAUAAGUGUGAAACAAAAGAACCUUCAGCAAAUAAAAACUAAAACCUCAGUGACAUUCUACUUUAGAAGUUCCAUUGUAAUUAGUAAUGGCUAGAAUAGAAUUCUGCAAUAGAACUUCCCUUUUUGAUGCUGAUGCAUAUUCUUAAGCUACGCCCUAAUAUCAAUGAAAUAUUUUUCCACAUUCAUGCUUGCGUAAUAUGGAGUCGCAUGUGGAUUUAAAACCUCCAAAUAUGUAUGUAUCCUGUUGGAGGGAUAUCUGCAACCAUAAACGCCAACAGGCUGCGAGCAGAAGGUAUGGGCUCCAACGAGCAGGCAGUGCACUUCGCCAACCAGGACUAUGAGGCACUGAAGCAAGAGUGCAUUGAGUCGGGCUGCCUUUUCGAAGACCCUUGUUUUCCUGCUGAGCCACCAUCGCUUGGCUUCAAGGAGCUCGCCCCCUAUUCUGCUAAAACCAGAGAUGUUGAGUGGAUGAGACCCACGGACCUGGUGAGUCAGCCUCAAUUCAUUGUAGGUGGUGCCACCAGGACGGACAUCUGUCAGGGAGCGUUGGGGGACUGCUGGCUCUUGGCAGCCAUUGCUUCUCUUACCCUGAAUGAGAAACUGCUUCAUCGGGUUGUCCCACAUGGGCAGUCCUUCGACGAUGACUAUGCAGGAAUUUUCCACUUUCAGUUCUGGCAGUUUGGCGAAUGGGUAGAUGUUGUAAUAGAUGAUCGACUUCCUGUCAAAGAUGGCGAGCUGAUGUUUGUGCAUUCUGCUGAGGGCAAUGAAUUCUGGAGUGCACUGUUGGAAAAGGCUUAUGCCAAGCUGAAUGGUACCUAUGAGGCUCUGUCUGGAGGAAGCACCACUGAGGGUUUUGAAGACUUCACAGGUGGUGUCUCGGAGAGUUACGAACUCAGCAAAGCCCCGAGAGAUCUGUACAAGAUAAUCGGCAAAGCUCUGGAUAGAGGCUCCCUGCUGGGUUGCUCCAUUGAUAUAACCAGUGCCUUUGACAUGGAGGCUGUAACAUUCAAGAAGCUGGUGAAGGGCCACGCCUAUUCAGUCACUGGACUGAGGGAGGUGGAUUACCGAGGCAGAAUGGAGCGUUUAAUCCGAAUUCGUAAUCCUUGGGGCCAGGUGGAGUGGACAGGUGCCUGGAGUGACAAUUCCUCAGAAUGGGAGCAAGUUGAUCCAUCUGAACGAGAUGAAGUGCAUCUGCAGAUGGAAGACGGAGAGUUCUGGAUGUCGUUUAGUGAAUUCCUGAGGCAGUUUUCCCGCCUCGAAAUCUGCAACUUGACUCCGGAUGCCCUAAAGGAGGAUACUCUCAGCCACUGGAACACCAUCAAGUUUAAUGGCACAUGGAGGAGAGGCAGUACCGCUGGAGGCUGCAGGAAUCACCCUAACACGUUCUGGAUCAACCCUCAGUAUAAGAUCACACUGCUGGAGGAGGAUGAUGACCCUGACGAUGAUGAGGUCGCCUGUAGUUUUUUGGUUGCACUGAUGCAGAAGGACCGACGCAGGUAUCGCCGACAUGGUCAGGAUAUGCACACCAUUGGCUUUGCUCUGUAUGAGAUCCCAGAGGAGUUUAAAGGCUGCCAGAAUGUCCACCUGAAGAAGAAUUUCUUUCUGAGAAAUCAGUCGUGCGCUCGCUCUGAGACUUUCAUUAACCUGCGGGAGGUGAGCACACGGCUCCGUCUACCUCCUGGAGAAUACCUCAUCGUCCCGUCCACCUUUGAGCCUGGUAAAGAGGCUGAUUUCGUCCUCCGAGUCUUCACUGAGAAGCAAUCAGAAACAGAAGAACUGGAUGACGAAAUAUCUGCAGAUUUAGAAGAUGAGGAUGAACUAACUGAAGAUGACAUUGAUGAGUCCUUCAAGUCCAUGUUUGCCCAACUAGCAGGCGAGGACAUGGAGAUUUCCAUUCGUGAGCUGAAGACCAUUCUGAACAGGGUCGUCUCACGCCAUAAAGAUCUGAAGACGGAUGGGUUCAGUAUGGAAUCCUGCAGAACCAUGGUCAAUCUAAUGGAUAAGGAUGGAAGUGCUCGUUUGGGAGUUGUGGAGUUCCAAAUUCUUUGGAACAAGAUCCGAAAGUGGCUGCUUGUUUUUAGACAAUUUGACCUUGACAAGUCAGGUGCCAUGAGUUCAUAUGAGAUGCGGCUUGCUGUGGAGGCAGCAGGUUUUAAAUUAAACAACAGACUAAAUGAGAUUCUGGUGGCCCGGUAUGCAGAGAAUGAGAUGAUCGACUUUGAUAACUUUAUCUGCUGCUUGGUCAAGCUUGAGGCCAUGUUCAGGUCUUUCAGGCAGUUUGACAAAGAGUCAACAGGAGUGGCUGAACUGACUCUUAUAGAAUGGCUUUACCUGACCAUGUGUGGUUGAAGACUACGUACAGCGCCAAGUGAGGGAUGGCAGCAGCCUGCAGACUGUCAUGAUUGUUUUAAUGCUCAGCCUUAUUAAUCCAAUAACUUUUUCUGACUGUAGUAUACACAUACAGUAGUAGCAAGGUGACUGUAUAAGCACGCAUUAAAAAGUCCAUCCAAUUCAAGUUUCCACUAGAAACUAUGCAAACCUAAUGUAUGCAGCUAUCACUCCUGCAUGAGUAUAUACGUAAUCACAAAAUGGCAAGUUCUUUGCAUGGUGAUGUUUCUAUAUUUUGGGUUAGUGGUCUCUAAAGAUCCUGCUACUAAAAUAUGCUUUAAACAUGUUAGGUUAAUGCUUUUAAAAAGUAGUUACGCAGUUUCUAAUCAAUUAUGUUGACAUAAUAAUUUUUCCUACUUUGUAUAACUUCUAUUGACAUUAACAGGACAGUGUUGAUUGAAAUUUGCACCAGUACAGACUUGAGUUUAUGAAUUUUUAUAUUUUUUGUGUUGUUAGAAAGUAGCAGCAGAUCUACGUGGGGUUGCAACCCAAGAUUUCACUUAGCACUGAAAUUUUAGUUGAAGCUGCUAGCAAAAAUGCCUCACAUUGAGAAAAACUGAUGACAAAACAUUUACAGGGAUCAUAAUCUUGGAACGCCUUAAACAUGUUAAAUUAAUAUGUGCCAGUUUUGUUUUGUGUUCAGAAUGUGUGUUGUGCCUUCAAUAAAUGCCAUUAACAUCA